AUGCCUGACGGAAUCACCGACGCGAAAAAUGGGAUAACUGGAGGAUACAAGGGCGAAAAUGCCAUCAUCAUUCGAGCCAUGAUAGCUUUCACGGCCAUUGCCUGGUACAAUGCCGCCGAAAUCAUCAUACUGGUCUUGGUUGUCUUCAAGCGCUACUCUGGACUUUACUUCUGGUCGCUACUUAUCACGGCCAUGUCAAUCAUCCCUUAUCAGGUCGGCGCUUGGUUGAAACAGGUUGGAGAAGCCGAUGCCCUCGGCAUGAUUAUACUUUCGAGUAUUGGCUGGGUCGUCCUGGUGCCAGGAUCGAGUCUGGUCUUAUACUCUCGACUCCACUGCAUCACACAAAACCGGAAGCUGCUCAAGGGUAUACUAUACAUGAUCAUCAUCAACGCCAUCGUUCUCACAAUUCCAACGAAUGUCCUAUCUCUUGGGUCCAACUCCAGCAAGUACUACUUGUUCACCUUCGGUUACUCUGUCAUGGAGAAGAUUCAGAUGACGGUCUUUUCGCUGCAAGAGCUCAUCAUAUCUUUCAUCUACCUAGUCGAAGUUCGCCGUGUGCUUAAAGUGAUUGACGACGGCCGGUUUCGAAAGAUCAUGUGGGAGCUCGGUGCGAUAAACGUCGUGAUCAUUGUUCUGGACGUCGCGCUUCUUGCCGUCGAGUAUCUCGGCUUGUAUCAAAUCGAAGUUACACUCAAGGGAAUGUGCUACAGCAUCAAGCUGAAACUGGAGUUUGGUGUUUUGUCGAAACUGGUCAAGAUAGCUACUGCCCGCCAAGGAGUUUAUGACCUGCAGACCGGAUCUGAUAGCUCGGGUACCAAGAAUACCAUGACUUAUCAAGGUCACGGCUCCUGGCUGACUGGCCCGCCCACGCUAACAACUCUGCCUUCCAACACGACGCACAGCACCGCCAAGCGUCACAGCACAUGGGCGGAGAUAUGGGCGACCAACAACCCUUUCUCGUCAGCACAUGCCGAGGCACAGAAAAGGCAUCGCGAUUUCGAGGCCGCUGUCACUUUCUCACAGACUGAGCCUCUGCCGAAACCGAGUCUGAUUGCUGAACACAUCUCUCAUCCGCCUGCUAUUAUCACUUCAAGACGCUCGUCAACCGAAGAUAUGUACCCUGGACGACUUGACUGA